AUGUUGGCAAGACCUGCUUCGCCAAAGCUUCCCCUUGCCGAACCCGUCGUGUCUAGCAGCCAUGGACGAAAGAACCCAGUCGCGGUCCAGCAUGUGGCCUCAACGAAAGAAGAGAACGACAAGAUACUGCACUCCAACAUCGACGAAAAGGACCGCGAACUCGACGCAUUUGACCAAAAGGACAUCGUGCCCAAGAAGCGUCUCUAUGGGUCCUACGUGGACUUGCCUGAAGGGCUCCCCGACGAAGGCUCCGCUCUUACCAUCCGUGCGCUGGUCGUCGGAACCCUGCUUGGAUCUAUCGUGGGCGCAUCCUCCAUCUACCUCGGGCUGAAAACCGGUUUCACCUUCGGCGCUGCUCUGUUCGGAGCGAUUCUGGGUUGGGGUAUCCUCAAGCCCCUUUCCCACUUUACCGGCGGGUUCUUCGGGUCAAAGGAGAACUGCACCGUGCAAACCACCGCCACCGCUGCCGGUGGAUUGCCCUCCAUCUUCGUGGCCGCUGUACCCGCCAUGUACGGUUUGGGCCUGCUCGGGUCGGGACCUCGUGAGGACUUUGGCAAGCUUCUGGCAUUGAACUUCAUCACCGCGUACUACGGUCUCUUCUUUGCCAUUCCCCUUCGUAAAUACUUCAUUUUACAAUUGAAGCUCGUCUUCCCGUCACCGUUCGCCGCCGCUUCCACCAUCGCUUCUCUUCACACCGUCACUGGUGCAGCGGUCGGCAAGAAGAAGGCCUACAUCAUGUUCCUGUCCAUCAUUGGUACCAUCCUCUGGAACGUCAUUGGGUCGGUCUUCAUUCCGGGACUCUACAAGAUGCGCAUCUUCGCGUGGCUCUCAAGAACCGGCUGCGGUUCCACGUGCUGGGAAGCCCACCUGUGGGGUUGGGCCAUCGAAUGGACUCCUGCUUUCAUCGGUGCUGGAAUGCUCACGGGGCUCCAUUCGUCCGUCUCGUUCUUCUUGGGUUCCGUCACCGCCUGGGGUAUCGUCGGCCCCCUGCUGGUUGCAAACAAGUUGGUCGCCGGGAAAGGCUACCUCAGCAUGCCCGGAAAGUCGGUCGACGCUUCCAGCCCCACCGGCGCAACCGCGCGUUACUGGUUGCUCUGGCCUGGUAUCAUGGUCAUGAUCGCCGCUUCUUUCACCGAAUUGUUCUGGAAUUGGCGCACCAUGGUCGCUGGUUUCAAAGGUCUUUACAUCCAGCUUUUCCGCCGGAACUCGGCCUCCGUGGGGAUUGUCGGCGACGAGGACGAAGACCCAGCAGGCCCAGAAGAACAACCCAAAGCCUGGAUGUGGGAUGGCGGUCUCGUUGCGUCGAUCGUUCUGACGGUCAUUGUUGGAUCGACCAUGUUUGGCGUUGGUGUGGGUGAGGGCAUCCUCUCUGUCAUCCUCGCUUUUGUGUUCGCCUUCAUCGGUUUCCAAGCCUCGGGAACCACCGACAUCAACCCCACCGGCGCCAUCGCCAAGACUGCCCAGUUCGUAUAUGGAGGCAUUACUAGGGCCAAGGGGAUGACUGAGCCACCUUUGGUGCAAAACGCGCAGAUGCAAAACUUGAUUUCCGGGGCUGUCGCUUCCGCCGCCGCCAGUCAAGCCGUCGAGAUGGUCGGUGACCUGAAAACCGGCCACUUGCUUCGCGCGUCACCCAAGACUCAGUUCCUCGCUCAAGCCAUUGGCACCUUCUUUGCCACCUUCAUCUCCCUCGGCCUGUACGUCUUCUACGUCGACGCAUACCCGUGUAUCAACACCGUGUACGCGAACAAAGAAGGCGAAUGCAAGUUCGAGUUGACCGCUGCUUCUGCGUGGGCAGCUACAGCUAUCGCUUUAACGCAGAAGAACCCGGGAAUCCCCCACACGGCUGCUGUCGCCGCUCUCAUCAUCGGAGCCCUCACCGUGUGCCUCAUCAUCGCCCGUAAGAUGCUGCCCCCGAGAUUCGCCUGGGUCAUCCCCAACAUGUCGGCCAUCGGCGUCGCAUGGGUCGUCCAAGAAACCAAGUACGGAAACGCCAUGCUUUUGGGCUCGACGAUCGCGUACUUCUGGUCGAAACGCAAUGCGGCAUCGUGGGAAAUCUGGGGCUUCGCAUUGGCUUCCGGGUUCAUCGCCGGUGAAGGAUUGGGCGGCCUCAUCUCGGCGGCCCUGGAGAUUCUGAACUUCGAGGCCUCCUCGGUCGGCUCGAACUUUGCCUGCAACCCAAAGACCUUCGGAAGCUCCGAGGUUCCCUUCUGUGGGUAG